AUGAUGUUGCGCCGUGCCCUCUUUCUGCAGGCCUCACUCACCGUUGCUCUGCGCCACACACAUCACUGCACUGCCGCGAGAGCAACGACAUCGGCAACAAGAUCAUCAUCAAGUACAACCACGCUGUGGUGCAAUUGCGCGGCAGCGGCCGAGGAGGCGCCGCUCGCCACUGUGGAAGAUAUGUUUGGCCGCAGUGAAGGAGCUGAUGGCGACGAUGAUGAGGGCGGUGUUGGUGUGCAGCAUGGCGGUGGGGCGAGUCUUAAGAGCAGCCGGCACACCAUGGAGGAGGCGUUCUUUGAGUGGGUGGGCGACGACAGCAACAGUGCCGCUGAGGGGAUGGGUGAUUUUAGUUUGGAAGGUGUCAUCAAUGCCGCCCUUGUCGGGCCCCACACCCAGCACGAGUGCAGCGCGGCUGACAGGGCCCAUGGAAGUGGUACUAUUUCCAACAGUAGCGAUGGUGGCCUUGGGGUCAACUGUGAUGAUGCAGGCGAAGGCGAAGAGAGGCUCGUGAGCCACACCAAUGACAGACUCGCAGGCGAUGUUGACGGCUAUGACGGAUUAGUCGCCGAUGGGUCGGGCGUGCUUCUUGGCGCGGUGGGCGGCCACGACGAAGAGAAGGACCGCGAGGGCGACGUCGAGGAGGAUGACGCUUCGUCCAUCGCCGCAGCUGAGGAGGAGGAGCACCAGGUGGAGGAGCUGCUUCGCGCGACUCGGACUGCCGAGGCCACCGCGGCGCUCUUCUUCAAGAGCAAACAGCGGGUGAUCAAGAGGAAGGCGGCAAAGCCGUCAUUCGAUGACGCGGCGGCGGAGGGGGCGGAGUUGGAGACCGUUGGAGAGGCGAUGCCGUCACCGCAGCGGUUUUGA